GGCUAAGCUGAACAGCCUGGCCGACUAAUUGAUUAGAUUGGCCUAGCUCGCUUGGUCUUGGUCAAGCUUAAAGAAAAAGGAGCAUGCAUACAUAACACGUACUUCCAAAACAAUGUUAGUUGGCAUACUUAUUUUAUGGUUGAUCUUAUGACUUGUUGAUGAACUGGUAAUGCAGGAAACACAUAUAGUAGACACUUGAGCAAAAUACUGCUACCUAGCUCGCUUGGUCUAUAAUCCCCUUGCUUGAGUCCUUCCGUAGCUAGUUCCUUGUCGCUCACACCCAGCCUGACGAGAUCGGUGAGCGGUAAUAUAUCCAUCUCCUCUCUUGAGCAACUAGCAGCCUGACUGAGGCCGGGGCAUCUUCUUCUUGCAGGGGGCCGUGUGGAAUUAAUGGCGGCUAACUGGGAACGACUUCCUGAUGACAGAGCUUGGGUUGAGGUAGAGUAUAUCAACAGCUACGCUGUGUUCAUGGGUUAUCUGUCCAUGGCCAUCAAGGGCCUGGGUUUCUUGGUGCUUACUUGGGCUACCGUUGUACUUCUUGGUGGCUUUGUCUCGAUGCUGCACAAGAAAGACUUUUGGUGUUUAACGUCCAUCACUCUUGUACAGACAGCUGGGAUAUUCGAUGUUAGUCUAAAUGAAAAACUAGGCUAUAUGGGUGAUGCAUUUGGCGGGUUAAUGAUGGCCAUUUUUUCAGGCGUGGCAGGCGAACUGACAAGCUGCGACUGGGGCCCUGUAUUGGCUUAUGUUUGUCUCAUUUUCGUGGCAUUUCUUUUACUGUUGGUUCAACUAGUGGUGUUGGCCAUAAUAUUGAGCCCUCUGGCAAUUAUUUAUGUGCUUGGGAUAUUCAUGUCCGGAGUGGUUUCAUUGUGGCGUCUGAUAGAGCACGAUUACGGGGGCAACUCAGAUGGAGAAGCAUCAAACCUGGCGCCGGCAAUGGAAACCUUGUACUACCUUGCUCUGCUCCAGGGUGUCAUCUUCUGCUAUAGGUUCGUAUUGGGUCGCAUGGGGAAGAGGUUGCCUAAGGCUAUGGGAACUAAAGACUCGGAAGUUCAAGUUGUCCUUCACAACUACUUGUGCGAAACAAGGAGAGGGUGUGAGAAGGACCUGACCUUUGCUGAAGGAAGGAACCUCAUCACAUAUGCUGUAGACAAGAUUGGAUCCAAUUCACCUGUUGAUUGCAUUUCUGGGGUAAAGAUCUUAUAUGCAUGGUUAUAGUAAUGUAAUUGAUGAGUUAUGCAUACGUGCGCAGGUUCCACUAUAUUCUCCUAGAUAUUAAGCUUGAGCAGGGACUAGUAACCGUCUUAGACUCGAGACGAAAAGAUACCCAGGACUAUGCGGACAUGACUGUAAUGCUCGAGAAGGUUCGGACAAAAUUCACCUCAAAAGCUCCGGGACUGCCGAAGAAGCUGCAAUUUAAACACCCG